AUCAAUCUGAAGGCGUUUGUAGUUGAUCAGUGACUGAAGUGAAGGAUACAAGUUGUGCAAUAUCAAGGUGAUAAAGUGGGCAACGUGAACUUUAGAUUGUGGGAAUAGGACUUUCAAAGUACCCAUUAUUUCAUUCCACGCUUUUUCUCAAGUUUAAAAUACCCUUUGUUGAAGAAACGGUCAAGAGAAACAUGAACAAAGUGUUCCUCGUGUUGUUUUUAUUUGCCUCCGUCUACUCUGAGUCGGUAAGUAAUUUUCGCUUGCUAACAGAAUACCGGGUAACGUUAACUCAGCUACCGUUAGCUAUAGCUAAUUUAACGUUACUCACUUUUACUUUAAUCUCUUGAUGUGUUCGUUUCAAUUUACUUAGCCUAACUAACCUAACUUACCACAAUGGCUUUAGUUUAGCUAACCUUACUACUUCAGUUGGCUAAAGCCAAGACAAUGCUAACGUUAGCUACUGUAGUAGCUGUUAUUACUGCUAAUCAGCUAGUUAGCUACUUACUUAGCCAAGUUAACGUUAGCCACCAACACUUAAUGUAAUGGCUAUUAAGGUAACUACUGUUUUAGCUAGCUGCUCAACUUGAUUGUUUACAAAAUUACAGAUUGUUUACCAAACUACACAUUUAGCAGUCUAACUAGCUAAUUGUGCUUAGUCAGGUAGCUGGAUAACUAGCUACAGUAGCUAAGUUAGCUACCUACCUAGCAAAGUCAGCUAAAUUGACAAAAUAUUUUUCGAAAGAGUAAGGCAUAUGGUUUGUGGCCCCUGGCCUCCCCAUCAUAAGAGAAAGCAAUGGUGUUUAAAUUGUGGUAGAUAGCUACAUUUGUCUGGCUAGCUAGAUACAUUGAUUUGUCUGGUGUGUGGGGGAGGUGUAGUGAUAAUCAUGCAGGUGACCAUCCAUCACAUGUAGCUCAGAAAGAGGGCAAGCUAGAUUAGGUUAUAUACACUGGUCUAACAUGUCAGAUAACCUAAACUUUAUCUAGGGACGCCCAUAUUUAGCUGGGCUAUUGUAAUUUGACCAGUACUGUUGACCUGUUUCCAUUUUACUAUAUAAUUCAAUUACAGCAGUGACUAAAUGUUUUAUUGCUGACCAGUUGCCAAAUAAAGACCACAAUCAUUUAUCAAACUAAACAAACACUGCAUAUAACAUGGCUCAACACACUAUCAGUGUUUAGACUAGUUCUCAAUUCAGUAUGCCUAAUGCAAUGUGGUUUCGUUUUGGACAGUUGGUUUGAUAACUUUUGGAAGUGGAUAUGAAGCAGACGUGCACAUACCAGGAUGUAGGUGUACUUCCUUGUGCUAUUUGAUGUAAUCUGUUGACAAUGACAGCGUCCAAUCCUGUCCGCUUAAUUGGAAAUAAUUGCCAUGGUCAGAUGUCGGGAAGGGGGCUAAAACAGAAUGGUUAUAGGCUAACUAGAUGCCACCCAGUGAGACCGACUGGGCAAUAUGCUAAUGCAGUGCUCAGCAGACCCUGCCCGAAGGAUAGGUGCUCAUUGCCGAUGGUCCUCAGAUCCUAGUCUUCUGAAUACAUAGCUACAGAUUUGUAAAGGGAUAAUGUGAUUCUCCAUUACCCGUUAGAGGAUAGCUACUGUAGCACAAAGAAUCUUGACCUUAACUUGGCAAUACUAUUUUCGUUCUCGAUUCAGCCGAACAUGUCUUCAAAAAGGUCCAGUUACAGGUGGUUCGUUUAUAUAUAGAAAAUGCUCUGUUAUUAAAAUAAAUAUUUUGCGCCAUGAAGUAAUCCAACAAUGUGUAUGCCACCAUUUUGUCUAUUUCAAAUAUUCUCUCAUUGAUUGAGACAGGUGGGUCAACCCCAAAGUGAUGCAUGUCAUGAAGUUACUUUGACAAGUUACAUUUAUAAAUUAAUAUUUAUAAUAUUGUCUAAGUCAGGGUUUUUUCAAAAUGGGUGUUGGGCGUGGCGGGGGUGUUGCAGUGGGCGUAGCCAAUGGCAAGGUUGUUGACCAACAUUUUUAAAGGCCCUCCUGUUGGCUGCAGUGACAGCAUUUAGCCAUUUUAAAGUGAAUUUCCUGCAAUUCUACACAUUUUGCCAUGGCUUAUGCUAUCUGAGUGACUCAAACAUUAUAUGAAAUUAAAGGGGGCCCCAUGGCAUGACAAAUACACCCGAAUGCAUCAUUUUGUGAAUUUUAGGUUCUCCCUUACUGUCUAGCUUUUAUUUUGGUGAUUGUUAGUUCUCAGAGAUCUUAUAAAAAAUAAAACACUAUUUUAUUAACUAUUUGGCACGAAAACACUAAGGCUGCCCGCCCAAUACUUUUCUAUGUACAAAAAACCCUGGAAGUGUUUAUCGAUGUCCUUAAAUUGGGCUUAAGCUCCAGCAGCAGCACUUUCAAUAAGCGGGAAACAAAAAACUAAUGAAUGAUGAGUGUGUCAGUUAUCACACAAACAACUUUUGUUUUGAAUAGCUUACAAAUUGUGCAUUUAUAUAAAAGUCAACAACAUUUGCAUAAAACAAAUUAUUUAGCAUAUGACAUUCUUUAUACCACUUUCAUUAACAUUUGGCUUAGACCAAAAUAACCAAUAGGCCUAUUAUCCUUGCUCUAUGCCUUUUGCCUAUGGAACUGUAAAAAUCAAAUCAGAAAGAAAAUAUUAAUAACAAGGAACUCUAGCAUUUCACCCCACAGAGAAGCAUACUCAACAAGAUGACUGAGGUUUGUAGUCUGUCCAUCCUUUGCCCUCAAUCUUUAUGCAUAUUCUGCAAGUGACUUAAGUCAGGUCUGCCAAACAGGUGACAACGUGCUUUUCUUUCCCUCAAAUUCAGCCGUCGUUUUCUCUGAUUUUAGCUAAGGCAGGCCAUACUAUAGUUACUAAGUGAAAUCCUGUCACUUCCGCUUUUCUCUUCUUCCGGAAAGUAGCCUAAUGGAAGAAUGUUGCAAAUGCGCUUACCCAGAUCAGGAUAAAGUAACAGUAGCCUACACUUGAUACGGCUAUAGUAUUCAUUUUUAAAAGGUAGGCUAAUAUACCUGAUAGCCUUGAGUAUUUUUAUGGACAAGAGAAACAACCUUACCAAUUUGAAAAUCAUUCUGCAGCCUAGACAGGGCUGUUGCGGUGACCUUAUUACUGCCACACCGGCAGUCAUGACCACAAUAAAAUUCCCUGUGCCACUGUAAUCUCCCUUUUUAUGCACUCUGGACAUGCUGACAUCAAUGCAAUUGAAAAUCACACCAAACUCUUCACUGUGAUGAUCAAUUUGAAGAAAGAAGUUCAACAGCAGGUUGAAACAGUGUCAAACAUGGUUGUUGUGGCUGUUUCAAAGCCUAAGCCAACGAAAUGGACGGGGCUUUCUAAGGUGAUGAUUAUUUAUUUAUUUUUUAUUUAAUUUUUAUUUCACCUUUAUUUAACCAGGUAAACCAGUUGAGAACAAGUUCUCAUUUACAACUGCGACCUGGCCAAGAUAAAGCAAAGCAGUGCGAUAAAAACAACAACACAGAGUUACAUAUGGGGUAAAACAAAACAAAGUCAAAAAUACAACAGAAAUACAUAUAUAUACAGUGUGUGCAAAUGUAGCAAGUUAUGGAGGAUUAAUUCAAAUUGCUCAUACACAUAUUAGAGCUUAAGGGCCCAAGCCCCCACACCCCUCCCCAAACAUAAUUAAAAUUGAUUGUGCCAUUAAACAACAAAGCCUACCGCAUAUUUUCAGCAUGGCAGAAAAACAUCAAACAAAACUGAUUUAAGAUGUCUUUGGUAUAUAAUUGGUCAAGCCUUUGAGUGUGGACAGUAUUAUUAUUAUGCUUACUGGAUGGACUGGUUACCUUAUGCUAUGCUCCAAAAUGUCUAUCCAUGAGUCUGGGAGAGAACGUAUAGCCCUAGGCGAUGCUGCUGGUUCAUUGAUUUGUGCAGGGCGACUUAGUUAGCCUACAAUUAGUGAAUUUGAUCUUGAAUAGCCUAGUAAUAGGGAUUAUAAUUUUUUUUUUUUUAAAUGACUUAGGUGACACAUGACCUUUUAACUAUACAGAAUCUCAACACCAUGCGUUUCCAUCUCCUCUCUCUCCUUUAUUCCUUUCUCGAGCGUGCAGACGGGCUGUCAACAGUUUAGUUAAAUAUGUUUUGUUGCGAUGUUGUGGUAUUAAGCACAUGCGGCGCAAUAAAACCAAGGUAGCCUACUAAAUGGACCUGCGAGAAAGCGCAUGGCCUCAAUCGCUAUUGGAGUGCAUAUAGGUUACUUAUUUUUUUCCCUACCCUGUUCCUCCCCAUUUGAUAAUGGGCCAUUCUAAAUCGAAAAUAAUUUAACAUAUUAGUAAAGACAAGAUUAAAUUGAGAAAUUGUUCACUUGAUGAGAGAACAGCUGUGCAGCCUGAGGCAAGGAACAGAGCACAAGCUUUUUUUUGCUACAUCAACAGCCUAUAGUUGCACCAUGCAGUCCAUAUGUUUUGAUUUCUAAGUAAUUCCAAGGUUUGUAUCAUUCACAACUGAAGUUGCCAAAUAACUCUAAAUCUAGCAUAUGGGACCUGUUUCAAAUGAUCACUUUUACACUUAACAUACCCAUUUCAUUAUCGCACUCGCUCCGUAAUGGGAAACAUUUCCUUUCGAUUUUAUUCAGUUAAGUUCAAUUAUAAUUUUCUUAUUAUAAAAUCAUAUAAAAGAAUGGUCAUUGUAGUUAAUUACCACAUUUUCCACGCUAGACUAUUUAGAAUAUUGGCCUGUUAGAAACUACAAUUCCCUACUACCUUGCACAGUUCAGGCUUGAUCUGAUUUCUCUCUAGAGAAACUUCACAUUGAGCUCACAGAAAAAACCCAAGAACGAAAUUGAAAUAAUUGAACCUUUUUAGUUGUUUAGAAAACGAAUAACUGACGCAUUUGGUUAUUUGCUCAUCACUAUUGAGGUGUAAUGGAGAACAAAACAGUAAAAUCCCCCGUAUUGACAUGUGCCUUUUGUUAAGUAAAUCGGGUGUUAAAUGAGGUGAAAAGGAGACUGAAGGAGGAUUACGGCUGCAUUUUAAUAAUACAUUUUCCUGUUACAAGUUUUUCCAGUUGGGCCAUUGUUUUGAUAGCCUACCCCUCUGUGGAGAAGUCGCUAAAUGUGGUAGCACACGAUAAACAAGCUGGUCUCCACACUGAGAUUCCAAGCAGCCUUGUGCAGCCUGAGUUGAAUCUGUUACAUUCCUCAAAACCAUGCAGAGGCUGCCCCUCUCAUUUUCCCUUGGAAUCUGACCUCUGCGGACCUUGAACGGCCCUCUUCAGGAUUUGGACAGAUCUAAAUGGCCAGGGUCCUUUCAUUAGCCAAGCUUCCCAGCUAGUGGACCAGAAGCUGGCUCCUGUUUCUCGCCAAAAAAAAGCCCUCUGAUCAAUUGUAUGCUUGCCUUAAAAAAAAUAAAUAAAAUAUAUAAUAUAUAUAUAAUAUAUAUAAUAUAUUACUUUGAUGGCUACUAAGCCUAACUAUGACAAGCCUCAUUCCUUUCGUCCAUCUGAAGUUUAUGGGUGAAUGUCUGUUUUAGUCUAAGCUCAUCAGGACUUCGACCCGAAGAAUAGAACAAUGGGCUUAUACCAUUAUACACAAUACUUUUGUUUGAUGCAUUUUGGUCCUCUGUAGCUCAACUGGUAGUGCACCGCGCUUGUAACGCCAGGGUAGUGGGUUCGAUCCCCGGGACCACCCAUACACAAAAAUGUAUGCACGCAUGACUGUAAGUCGCUUUGGAUAAAAGCGUCUGCUAAAUGGCUUAUUAUAUUAUUAUUUUCAUUGUACAUUUUAAUCAGUGCCAUGUGUCAUACCAAUCGGCCUUUAUUUACAUCAGUCUUUCCUUGUCAGCUUAACAAGCAUCCCUGUUCUUACAUUCUGUAGGUAGACCAAACAUGUCUUAUUAUUUUAUUUGGUAAAUGUUUUGUUUCUUAUGUGGGGACAAACGUGAACAAGGUUCUCUGUUUCUUGUUAUCCACUCUGACUUAGGCCUACACACUGUAUUUGCAGGCUUUUAUCUGCUAUCAAAAUGAUUCCUUUUGCCAUUACUGGGCACAUGGCUAUUUUUGUUGGAAUGCAGGCUUUGAAAUAAGCGUGAGAAUUUGCACUAGAAUUAGCCUUUUUUAUUUUCUUGAUGGGGUGAAUUGAAUGCCCAGUGAAUAGCUGUGGAGAGAACAUAAUACUGGUUUCUGCAUUGCUGUCCAUUGGGCUAUAAAUCCCUUUUGGAGGAUGGAAUGUUGGCACUGAGAGAAUGGGUUUUGUCCAGUGCUUGUGUGAGAAAUUCCCCCUCCACCCCAACUCUGGCCGUUGAAUGUCAUUUAGCAUACGUUGUGCGCAAGUAGUGCAUUUCUGGGUUGUUCUGUAUAUAAAUGAGGUAUUCACCCAACACUGAAUUUGAACCAUGUUUUCAUUGGGAAAUGUACCAUAUAGGCUUAGCCUCCGGGAUUACUUUUGAACCAAACAUCGAAUUUGAACCAUGUUUUGUUUCCAUUGGGAAAUGUACCAGGAUCUGACGGAGCUUCACUUGCGUCGCUCUCUACAUACUUUUGUGCGGCUUAAUUUUUGGAGCACGACGCAAACAGAGCUGUGAAAUCACUGUGGAGAGUCCUUUUUUUCCCCUAAAUGGACCACUUGUGGUUUAAUCAGUCUGAGUGGUCACAAGUCUGAGAACGGGAACACCAACAGGGCUGGGACAGUUUUAAUCCCAAAUGUGAAUUAUGAUUAACUACCCUAGCAGCUCCAGAGCAGAGAAACAGCAACUCAUAUUGAACUGGAAAAGUCACUGUAGGCUAGUAGUGGAUCUCAGGAAUGCAGUAGUUGCAUGCAGCUAAACUAGGCCACUUAUAAAAUUCCUCACUCAACCAUAACAAGGGCACAAUGUACAGUGUUGCUAUAUUUAGUCUAUGGGUACUUAGACUUUGUCUGUAUACUAGAUUUUCAGGGUUUGUUUUAGGUUGAAGAACAGAUUAACCUCCGUGUGGUCAAUGUUGUGACGUCUUUCAUUUAGGCUUACUCACAAAUGAGCUCUGGAAUUUUCCAUCGGCAGCAUCACACAAUGAUAUUCAAACAGUGGCUCUUUUAAUUUCCAAUUCUCAAUUAGCUAGACUCCAACACUGCCCUGUUCUUCAGUUUUAUUUUGACGUGGUCCUAACCUCACGCCAGUAUUUACAUGCGUUCUGGAAUGCACCAAUUUGUUGGUAAGCACAUCAGAAUUGUGUUGAGUACACAUUGGAUAUGUUUUGAUUGUGUAAGACAAGAUGCAGGGGGAUGGGUGUUUGCACCCUUGUUGGGCUUGUUUUUUGUCCUCUGGGAAAUGUUGGAUUAGAAUAUUCAUCAGGUCUGAUUAACUCCCUGUUUGACAUUAACUUCACAGUAGGAUAGAUAACCCCUGAAACGAUGACGAGAUCCGCCAAUCGUUUCUCAGAAUCUCCUUUGAUCAUUUACUGAGGGACAACUUGUUUAGACAGGUCCCAUAGAAGUUAGCAAAGGGGGGGCCUGUGACGCCAUAUGAAAUGGGGGGAAUUGCCUGGUGAAUGUGUAUGACUGGAGACUUGCCCUGACAUGCCAGAGUUGGAUGCAUUUGAUUUGAAAUGCAAUGAGGAAGUGAAGGAAAAAUAGUCUCCUUUUGACAUCUGGAGUAGUCUAAAUCAGUCCCUGUAGCCAUGUGGAGACCCAUUUGAGUUUAAAGGGGCAAUCAGCAGUUGCUACAUCCAUUUGUUUUUACUUAUAAAUUAAUGAUAUGUACCCAUUUAAUUCUUGAAGAAUAUCCUAUAAAUGAAUACCUCAUGAGCUUAGUUCAACUGUCGUACCCCCGUCAGAACCCAAAAUAUAAGCUUGUUUUACUGUUUGUAAACACACUAGCCUAAAAACAUGGUUAAAACUAAAAUGUUUAUCUUGGAUGGUCAGUCCUUGCAUCCAUAGCUCUGUCUAUGAAUGAGUGGUUACAUUUCACCAGCCCCAUCCCUCAGCUUUAUACCGAAACGGGGAGGGCACUUUGUUAUUGUUUCAAUUGCUGAUUGCCGCUUUAAAUGGGGACGCAUCAGUCUUAGUUAAAAUUCUGAACAUAGAGGCCCUUUGUCAGCCAAAGUGCUGAGGACAUGAGUGCAAGCCCUACCUCAGUGCAAACAUGAGGAGAAAAUGUCUGCCUGUUUGAAGAUUCUGAUGGCAUUCCCUGCCCUCCCUCAAGUCAAAUGUAAUUUACGUGGGAUUAACUUCAAACCACUAUAUUUGAAACAGAAUUUCAGCACGCAGUUAAACUGCUGGGGGCUCUCCUCACCACGGUCACUGAAUUACCGUAGCAGCAACGCUUAAACUUAACUCUUUCAAAUGUGCCCAAGUUGCUUUCUUUUGUUCAAUGGAACACUGUAACGUAAUAAAAAUGCUUAACUAGAUUUGAGCCUUUUUAUGCAUGUUUUUGGGGGGGAUAGAGAAAGGAACCACCUGGCUAAAAGAGGAACAAGGCUUCCAGUCUCCCAGGCAGCCCUGAGCAGCCAUCCAGAACUGUAAAAAAAAAAACUCUCCCCCUCCUUUGCAGCUGAACAAUGAAUAAUGCAUGACUGUUUCAUUAAUCAUAGACAGGGCAUAUAUUUGCCCAGCCGAGCCAGGUGUUAUCCAACCGGCCGCCCGUGUCUGGUGUCUUGUUCAGCAAUCAGUGCUAACCCAACCCAGUGUGAUGAGAUCUGACAAGGCCCUGUGUGCAAGGGGCCAAAGACUUCAACCCCAAACACGUUCUGCCUAAAUGUACUUUAGGAAUCUCUUUUCGCACCUCGACCCUGUUGCUUGUGUUUUAAUUGGAUCGGGCCAUUCAAUUGCUCUGCCGUUUAAUAGAAUUCACAGUGCUUACUCGGCAAAUGGGCAAUGAAAUGAAGUGUGCUAAUGUGACUAGCAAAAGUUGUCUUUCAAUUAUGUUAAGCCCCUCAUGAUUAUCUUAAUUAUAACGGUAAAGGGAUAGUUCAGGUAUAAUGUAUAUUUGGGUCAAAAUUACCCCUACCUUGAGUUGUCUGAAGGGCCACAAUAAUCCAUUAUUUACUUCUGGCUACAGCAUCGUCCAAAUUCAUUAAUGUAAAUGGCAAACUAAUGUUAACUAUUCUGCACUGCAAGCCCAAAUGAAUUCUGACGAUGCUAAUAUGCUAACACAAUAAUGGAUUCUUGUGGAUUCUGUCACCAUGGGCCUUCAGACACACCUCUAGGUAAGGGUAAUUUGACCCAAAUAUACAUUUUGCCUGAACUAUCCCUUUAAGAGCGUUUGACGGUUAAGGGGAUGAAGGGGGAACUUGAAGUUUGAAUGUCAGACGUGUGAUUUUUGGAGGUCACUGUUGGUGACUGGUUGUGUCUGUGUUGAAAGGCCUACUGUAAGUGGAGGGUUAAAAGGGGAUAUUAGUGAUGACUCUUUGUUUACUGUAGUUGGUCACUUCCUGUCUUACCUUUCCAGCCAAAAAGAUUAGUCAGAGGCCCACUCACUUCCUGUUAAAACUUGUGAUAGUUUUUGCAAAGGUCAAGCAGAAGAUUUAGGGGAAACUUGCCAUACAAAGUUUUCAGUGGCACUGGCACAUAUAAAAACCCACAAUGUAUGAGAAUUAGCCAUUGUAGGUGACAGUAAUUAUUUAAGCAGAUUUCAUGUGCCAGUGCCAGCAUUCUCUUUAAGCAGAUUUCAAGCAGCUGUGGUCCUCUGUAGCUCAGCUGGUAGAGCACGGCGCUUGUAACGCCAAGGUAGUGGGUUCGAUCCCCGGGACCACCCAUACACAAAAACAAAAAAAAAUUAUGCACGCAUGACUGUAAGUCGCUUUGGAUAAAAGCGUCUGCUAAAUGGCAUAUUAUUAUUAUGUGUAAAAUUUCUCAAAUUCACUCUAUACAGCGGUUGUUGGAAUAUAGGCUACUAGAAGUAGGCUUAGACUUUCUCCACAGUUGAAAGUGGUUUUGGAAAUGUAGCCUUAUGCCAACUAGGAUCUGUGUUUUUCUACUUGCUGUAGUAUUCUGCUUCUAAGUGCUGUGUUUGGGGCAGCAGGUGCGGGAGACUGAGACAUGGAUGCCCAUGAAGAUGACCCAAGCCGUGUCGCGUGACGAGUUUGUCGCGUCUGGAGACGGCUCCGACUUCGGCUUCCCCGAUGAGGAGCACGACACAUUUGACAAUGAGGACGACACGGAAGAUGAGGAUUAUGACGAUUUCUCUGGCUCUGGAGAUGGAGGUUGGUGUUUGCAAAAAUCUGCUAAUUUGCUUUAGCAAGCUGAUAGAAUAUAAUGAAAUAUUGUUAACUUGUUUUCUUCUCUCUUCAGUAACUACUAUUACAAUCAAAAAUGACAAUACCAUGACAAAGGUAAGGUUUCUCAUAAUUAGCUAUCAUGUACCAAAUGAGAGUCAAGUUUCCUCUUUUUAUAGUAGGCCUAAUUCUCAGUUUUUUGCUCAUAGCCUGACAUGAACGACAACAACAUUCCAGACCUGGACAGAUCCCUGAGGCCCAAACCCACACCGAAUGACAUUGAACUGGUCCAGAAGAACAAUGAAGUGUCAGUGCGGGGUGUUCCCAACCCCGAGGAGCACCUACCGAAUGUACUGAUGGCCCAUGCAGGGGAGGAGAGCAUCUUCAGAAAAACAGAGGUCCUAGCAGGUGAGGCAACAGCACACUUAACUUUAUUUGGUCUAGUCAAAUUGUUAUUAUUGAAGUAUUUGUGGCAGUUAAAUUUCACUGUCAGAAAUAUACGGUUUCAUUUUAAGCUUGUCAAAGUUAUUUGCAAGAAUACGCUCUCAAGUGCGGCUAAUUGUAAUUCGACUGCGUUUUUGUUUCAGCUCUGAUUGCUGGUGGAGCAGUGGGGCUGCUCUUUGCUGUCUUCCUCAUCCUCCUGCUCGUCUACCGCAUGAAGAAGAAGGACGAAGGCAGCUACGACCUGGGAAAGAAGCCCAUCUACAAAAAGGCUCCCACCACAGAGAUCUACGCCUAA